GUGGUUUCCAGUCUAAUUAGUGCACAUCCAUCUAGUGCAUGCCACUGUAGACUAGUAAGCUAGCUAGCUGUGAUUGCUUGGGACCUUCUGAAUAUCAGUACCAGAUGUCUGACAGUGAGAAUGAGAGUGAUUUUGCCAGUGCUGAGUCUGACCAGGAAAAUGAAGAGAAGCAAAUGAUCACCAAAGACUCUGGCAAUCCCGAUCCCCAAAAAGAAAGCACACAACAACCGACACCAGACAAUACUCUAGCCAAUGAAACACAUGAACAGUCACCAGAACAACCAUCGACACCGGUGACGACAAACGAUCAGCACGAUACCACACAAGACACUAAUGUGCCAAUCUCAGAAGAAGCUAGCGCUGCUCCAAGCAAAGAAGUUCCCCCUAAAGUCGAGACAACAGAGCUGACUGUUGAAACGACUGUUGAAACAGGACCUGAUGACAAAGAGGCAUCUCCUGAGACCAAGUCGCCUGUAGAUGCCCCUAAGGAGUCUGGUGGAGGGUGGGGGUGGGGUGGCUGGAGUAAUAGCCUCUGGUCAUCUGUCUCCACAGUCACAGAGUCUGCUCAUGCUCUCGGGAGUAAAGUGACCUCAGUGAUAGCCAGUGUGGAGGAAGGUUUGGGUCUUCCCUCUCCAACAAAUUUGGCUAAAUCUGAUGAUGCAGAUGAAGAAACAGAACUAGCUGUUGUGGAGCCAGUUGAAAUGAAGCCUGUGUUGGAGGAGCCCCAUCACGUUCCUGAACACAACCCUCAAGAACAAAAUGAAGCAGUGUCGUCUGACCCUACUUAUGGUGGAUUCUUGUCUGGUCUAGCCUCUGCGGUUCAGUCUACGGGCAAGGGCCUGGUGUCAGGUGGGCUGGAUGCUCUAGAAACAUUGGGCAAGAAAACAAUGGAUGUUCUCUCCGAGGGAGAUCCAGGCUUACAGACUAAGCGUGCCUUACUGACUGGUCCAAGCUCUCCCACUCUCUCUCAGCUGCUUGAGGAGGCCAAGAACACACCACCACCAUCGACUGAUGGUAGGGGCGAGGGCGGAGGUGAGGCUCCUCUCACCUACUCACGACUAUUUGAUGAGUACCAUGGCGUGGUGCACCUGGAGGCUCUGGAGCUCCUUUCAAAAGAGUGUGCUGCAAAGGUGAUGGGUCCAAGUGUGGCCGACGAGGACAUGGACAGACUGAGAGAGAAGAUGGAGGAACUGGAGACACACUUCCAAGUGGAGGAGGAGCAGGAAGCCCUAGACGAUGAUAGCAGUAAGCUAGCCGAGGUCCUGGAGCUGUUUUCCAACUCAAGGUUUCCUCUGAAAGUGGACAAACUUGUUAAAGUGAGCAAUGCCUGGAGGUACAAGGUGGAGCAGACCACACCAACAUCACAGGAUGUCAAACCCACACACAAAGACGGUGAUCAACCAGAAGUAGAAGAGAAGCCUGAAGUAGAAGAGAAGCCAAAUGAUCUGAAGCCAGUUUUCCAGACACUGUAUGCCAAUGGCUUGCGUAGUCUGGCUGAGCUCACUUCAAGUUCCAUUGAGCUCUUCAGGAAGAUUUCAGAACUCACCUUACUGCCUGAUGGAGAUAAAGGUGACCCAAUAACACAAGCAAAGAAGUUGAACAGACUGACUGUUUUGGUAUCAUCUGAGCUUGACUGUCUAGCGUCUGUUCACUCAGAAGCCAUUGCACAACUGGACAUGCCAGAUACCAACUCCAGUGUAACCAGCUUGUACCUUGAGGCCUCUAACAGCAGUACCUAUGUGCAAGAUGCAUUUCAACUGCUACUACCUGUUCUCAAACUCAUUCAAAUUCAACAGCUUUCAUCAGAAGUGCCCCAGCCUAACGUUCUUUCAAGAACCUAGCUAACAUGACUCAGACACUAUUCACUCUAUUCAGUGUUAGUGAUGUGUGUGCACAUCAUGGAUUGAUUGCAAAUUGCAACUAGAUCUACCAUGUAUCUGAUUCUCCAUAAUAUAAAUCAUUUUUCUGUUACAUG